CAUUGUUCAGUUGAAAUGCCAAGGCUUGCAGAAAUGAAUGGUUCUAUUGGUCUGAGUGAGGGGCUUUCAGAUCAUUUAUUAGAUGAGUUGCAGGAUGGUUACAGUGUAAACUCUGCUACUUCCUUGCGCCAACGGAGCCCUGGGUUCUCCUUCACCUCCAAGUGCCCACCAUUAAGCAACACGUCAAAUGCAUUUUGCGGCACCAUUUACAGUCAACCAACAAUGGGCAUGAUGAGAAGAUUACCAAUGCAGACAAUCCAAGAGAACAAACAAGCUACUUUCUCACCUGGAAGUACUUACAGGAAUUCUUCCCUCCAGGAUCUUCUAACAUCAAUGUCCUAUGGACAUAAAGAAGCCAUUUCGCAGACUGAUCCAGGUUUAGCUUCUACGAUGGGGCCACAACGCAAUCACAGGCAGAACACAGGCAUGCUCAACAACAACUGUGACUCAGGGUCGAUACCCUACUCUACCACUUUAAUAAAGAGCCACAAUUUGUACCACCCAUCCACUCUAAACCAUCAUUGCUCUGUUAAUAACAGUGCCUUAGCUAGCUUAAGUGGACUGGUAAAUUCAGAAUCAUGCAGUUUGUCCUCCGUUCCACAUCAUUCCUAUUUCAGUAGUCAAAGUGGGCAUGGAAACUUGCUGGAAGGGCCAUACCAAGGUGUGUAUCACCAUCACCAUCACCACCACCAUCAUCCCCAAGUUUGCAACCAAGACAGAUUUCCACCAGAUUUAGACCUGGACAUGUUUAGUGGUACUUUAGAGUGUGAUGUUGAAUCCAUUAUCCUCAACGACUUCAUGGACAAUGAUGAGAUGGAUUUUAAUUUUGACUCUGCGCUACCACCACAAGGUGGGUUUACCAUGGCUGCUGCAGCACAGCCAAAUCAAAGCUGGGUACAAGGUUAA